AUGUCCCUGUCGGAGCGCAUUUUGUCUCAUGUGAACGCCUCACAGCUCCACCGAAGCACUAACGUCGUUCUGCAAGAGGAAUUCUCCGCUUUGGAUGAAGCUGUGGGCGACAUAGUAGCGAUUUUUGCCAAUGUGGAAGAGGUGCGCGAUGCUGUGCACCAACUAGAGCAGGAAGCUACACAACAAAUUGAAAGGCCGAACGAGCGGAAUAAAGGUAGUGGCCGUGGAAGUUAA